CCGUUCAUCUUCAAGGCACACAUGAAUUUGGCGAUUUCUUGACGUUUUGUCAUUUUCAUGGCGAGUUCUAGGAUUAUUUAAAAUGUGAUAUAGAUAGCAACUAAACUAAAUAUUUAUUGCAAUUGUAAUUGUUAUGUUUAUUAGUGGUUGCAUUCAGAAAAAAGUGUUGACACAUACUAAUUUGAAGUUUUUGAGGUUAUGUUCGUAUCGUCGCGGUAUUUUCUGACCAAACCAAACGGAGAAUGACCGACGGGGACUCUAAUAUUCAUAGUAGAGCGGUAGCAAUACCAUGGCCAUUUGUAAAAAGAAAUGUAGAAUGCGCGGGGUCCGCAUUCUUACGAUAUUAUAACAUCAAAUGUCACGGGGCAGAUACACAGCUGUUAACUUCCGCAUCGAAGGAGAAUAGCGAGGAGGUAAUCUUUGAAGAUGAUGUGGAAUACUUGAGAAGUUUAGACCCGAAGGAAUGGAAGAAACAAGAUCAUUACGCUGUGUUGGGUAUGAAAGACUUGAGGUAUAAGGCCUGUGAGGACGACAUAAAGCGUGCGUAUCGCCAGAAAGUACUUAAACAUCAUCCCGACAAGCGGAAGGCACAAGGUGAAGAGAUACGUAGCGACGAUGACUACUUCACAUGUAUUACAAAAGCAUAUGAGACCCUUGGAAUACCCAACAAACGAAAAUCAUAUGACUCUAUAGAUCCUCAGUUCGACGACUCAAUCCCUUCCUCGGCAGAAAUUAAAAAGGAAGGUUUCAUCAAGGCCUUUGCUAAAUACUUUGAAAUGAAUGCUCGUUGGUCUGAAAAGAGGAAUGUUCCUUUAUUGGGGGAUGAGAACAGUACCCGUGAAUAUGUCGAGAGGUUUUACGCUUUUUGGUAUGAAUUUGAUUCAUGGCGUGAAUUCUCGUACUUGGAUGAGGAAGAAAAAGAGCGAGGAGCAGACAGGGAGGAGAGACGGUGGAUAGAAAAACAAAACAAAGCAGCAAGAGCAAAGUUAAAGAAGGAGGAGAUGGCUCGGAUACGAAGUCUCGUCGACUUGGCUUAUGCUAAUGAUCCUAGAAUCCAGCGUUUCAAGCAGGAAGACAAGGAUAAGAAGUUGGCAGCAAAGCGAGCUAGACAGGAUGCUGUUCAAGCCAAAAAAGCAGAAGAAGAGCGUAUAUUGAAAGAGGCAUUGCUUGCAAAACAGAAAGCUGAGGAAGCUGAAAAAGCUCGCCUUGAUGCCGCACGAGCUGAGAGAGAACAACAGAAAAAGAAUCUGCGUAAAGAACGCAAAUCGCUAAGAGACAUAUGUAAAGCCAAUAAUUAUUAUGCUGAAGAUGAAAAUGAAACUGUCGCUCACUUGGCAGCCGUAGAAAAAAUCUGUGAAAUGAUGAAGGUUGUUGAAUUGCAAGAUUUUAUGAAAGAAUUAGAAUCAAAUGGUAGGGAGGCUUUCAUUAAGACAGUUCAAGAAACAGAAGAUAAAUUGGAAGCCGAACGAAAGGCGAUGUUUGAAACAAAAAAAGCAGAAGAUCAGAAAGCCAAAAAGAAUGCUAUUCUGAAAGCUCCAAUUGAGUGGACCCCGGAAUUAACUCAAUUGCUAAUUAAGGCCGUAAACCUGUUUCCUGCGGGCACAAAUCAGAGAUGGGAAGUGGUUGCUAACUUCCUCAACCAACAUGGAACAUUUGUUGAUGAAAGACGCUUUAAUGCCAAGGAGGUACUCAACAAGGCUAAGGAUCUUCAGAGCUCAGAUUUCUCAAAGAGUAGCCUCAAGAAGGCGGCCAAUGAAGAAGCCUUUGAUCAGUUUGAGAAAGACAAGAAAAAAGUUAUAAAUAAUAUUGAUGACAGCAGUAUAUCCAAGAAUGAUACAAAAAUAGUGAAUGGAGUGGCAAAGCCGAAAGUUAAUGGGGAUAUUAGCAAGGAAGCGGUAAAGGAAGACAAAGCAUGGACAAAAACUGAGCAAGAAUUAUUGGAGCAGGCGAUCAAGACAUUCCCUGUGAGCACUCCAGAGAGGUGGGAGAAGAUCGCAGACUGCAUCCCCAAUCGCACUAAAAAAGACUGCAUGAAGAGAUACAAGGAGUUAGUGGAAUUGGUCAAAGCAAAGAAACAAGCAGCAAAUGUCGCUUAACAGUUCGUCCAUUUAAUGCUAUUUACACUAUGACAGUGUAAAUAACAUUAAAUGAUGGAUUGUGAAAUAGGAAGUUAGAAAUUUUCAUAAAGAUAAAUUUUAACUGCACUGUGUUAUACAAAAUAAUAGUCCUAUUCUAAAUUGAACAAUGUUAAUUGAUCAAUAUAAAGUAUUGGCUGACUGUGGUACAAAUCAAUGUUAUAAAAUAUUUUAAAACCUAUAAAGACCUUAUGUAGCAUAUUUAUGAACUGAAAAUGUUUAUUUUUGAGGUUAAAUAUGUAAUUAAAGUAAAAUCUCAACAAUAGUCAUGCUGUAAUUUGACCUAUCACAACGUUAUGAACGGAAAUGUUGGUGAUAUCUAUAUUAUAAGAUUUUUUGCAAGUAA